CUUGAUGAUUAUAAAAAUUAGAAAGAAAGGUAGAUAAUUGAAUAUUCAAAGAGAAUAAAACGAAAUGAUAAUAAUGAUUGUUAAUAAAUUAGAUAGAAAUAAAAUCAAUAAAGAUAGAGAGUUUGACUCUGUUAACUUUAAAUGAA